UAUGGGUUGUGUUGAGCCUAUCAUUUUCCAAUUCCAGAUAGAGAAUUUGCAGAUCCAUUACCCAAACGUCAUCGAUCGAGAGAGAUUUAUAAAUUGGGUGUUUGAAUGUGUCAAUUUGCAGAUCCAAAGGCCAAACACUGAAGUGUGCUAGAGAGAUUUGAGUUUGGUAUCACAGGGGGUUGGUAAUACUCGUACAAGAUUUAUUCCAUAAUAUUUUUUCUUAUCGAUCGGGCAGAAAACAAAGAUGACGAUUAUAUCUGAAAUGGACGGUGAGGCUGCAGAUCCAAGUAUUUGAAAAAAUUCUCUCUCCCCAUUGAGUUGCUUUAGGUGAUAAAUAUGGACCACAAAAUGGCGGUUGAUAUUGUCAGGUUCACAGUGUCUUCAUUUGUUUUAAUUACGUGCCUGUUGAAGCUUACAACAAAUUAUGCAGAAGGAUUUAAGGAGCACUCACGAGCUCAGUACUAUAUUUUUAUCAUCGGCAUUUACAUUUGGGAGGCCAUUCUUGUUAUAAUACCUUCUACUAGAAUCUUCCCAAGAAUACGAAGGCACCUCACAGCUGAAAUGGAGUCUGAUGCUUCAGCCACGUCCGUUCCUGUUCCAGGAGGCGAAUACGAAGUGUUUUUGAGUUUUAGAGGGCCAGACACUCGCCGCACGUUCACAGAUUUUCUAUAUACCAAUCUCAAUGACGCAGGUGUUCGCACCUUUCGGGAUGACAAUGAGCUUCGCAAAGGAGAAGAGAUCGGCCCUGAGCUCCUCGAAGCAAUCAAGGAGUCCAGUAUCUCCAUCCCCAUCUUCUCCAACAACUAUGCUUCCAGUAAAUGGUGCCUCCGCGAGCUGGCUCAGAUGGUGGAUUGCAAGAGAAGCACUGGACAAUUGAUUCUGCCGAUCUUCUAUGAUGUUGAACCAUCGGAUGUGAGGCAUCAAUCUGGGAGUUACGAGGAAGCCUUUCGCAAGCACGAGAGGUGUUUUGAUGAAUGCACUGUUAUGAAAUGGAAAGAGGCACUCAAACAGGUUGGAGAACUCAAGGGUUGGCAUGUCAACAAAGAAGCUGAUGGGCAUGGGGAAUUAGUAAAAACGAUUGUUCAAACAGUGUUGUUGAACCUGAAGAAAAAAUGCAUGGUUACAUUUGACAACUUAGUUAUGAUGGAUGAUCAUCUGAAUGAAAUGAUGAGAUUAUUAAAUGUUGGUUCAAAUGAUGUAAGGAUUGUUGGUAUCCUUGGCAUGGGUGGUAUUGGCAAGACAACUAUUGCCAAGUCCAUCUACAACAAGCUCCUCCAUGACUUUAAAAAUUGUUGUAGCUUCCUUGCAGAUGUUCGGGAAAAUGUCAAACAAUACAAAGAUAAAGGUAUUGUUGAUUUGCAGAAUCAGCUUCUCAACGACACUCUUAAGCCGCACCCUCCCAUUACUAGUGUUGAGGAUGGAAAGAACGCUAUCAAAAGUCGAUUUCCCAAUAAGAAAGUUUUCAUUGUUCUUGACGAUGUGGAUGAAAAGUCUCAAUUUGAUUGGCUUGUGGGAAAUCGUGAUUGGUUUGGUCCGGGAACUAGGAUCAUAGUUACAACUAGAAACAAGCAUGUUUUAAAUGUUCUUGAAGUGGAUGAGACUUACGAACCUCCAUUUAUGAACCCAGACCAAUCUCUUCAACUUCUCAGCAUUCAUGCUUUUCGGAAAAAGUUUCCUCCAAUGGACUUUGUUAGUAUCUCUAGAGAGGUGGUAUCAGUUACUGCAGGGCUUCCUCUAGCUCUUGAGGUUAUAGGUUCAUUUCUAUCUGACAAGCCAAAAACAGUAUGGGAAGAUACAUCCAAGAAGUUGAAGAAAAUACCAAAUCAUAAAGUUCAGGAAAAAUUGAGAGUAAGUUAUGAUGUAUUAACCCAUGAGCAAAAACAGAUAUUUCUUGAUAUUGCAUGUCUUUUUAUUGGGAUUGAUAAAACAUAUCCAUGUUACAUGUGGGAUGAUUGCGGUUAUUUUCCGGAGACAGAAAUUAAUGUCCUUUGUCUCAUGUCUCUAGUAAAACUUGAAAAUGAUAAUGUAUUGAGAAUGCAUGAUCAACUAAGAGAUCUUGGUAGGGAAAUCAUCCGUCAAGAAUAUUUUGAGAAUCCGGAAUUGCGCAGCAGGUUGUGGGAUCGACAAGAAGCCUCGGCUGUAUUUGAGGAAUGCAUGGUAACUGAAAAGGUCCAACUCCUAAAUCUUAAUGUUUUUCGAAAGACGUGUGAGCAUGACAAAUUCGCGGAACGAUCUCAACUGCGGUAUCUCCAAAUAGAUGCAGCUGAACUUCUUGUUGGGGAUUUCAAGCAUCGCUUGUUAAACUUAAGAUGGCUUCGGUGGCGAAAUUCCCCUCUGCAUUUUGAAGCAACCAAUUUUCAUAUGAAGAAACUAGUCAUACUUGAUCUAAGUAGUAGUACGAUCCCAUAUAAUUGGAAGGGUUGGAGUCAAAUUAAGGUAUAUACUACAUAUAUUUUAAAAUCUCUACUCUCAUAAUCUCAAUUCAUUUCUC